GCCGAAGACUUAAAUACAUAAGGUUCAGUUCUGGACGCAGGAUCUGCUGUUCCUCUUUGUCAUGUUUGUCCAGCUCCUGGUGAUAACUUGGGAAAACAGAUCUGAAACAACAUUUAUGCUGUGACUGGUAUUACUACGAGCUGUAGAUUUUAGAAUUUCAUUCAAGAUGGAGACCCAAAACAUAAUUUAUGGAGUUCCAUCUCAAGCACUUCCAAUGCCUGAUCAAUACCAAAGACUUGUUCAUUUGGAUCUGAAAGGAGCUCCUCCCAAGAUGGAUUAUUUACUGAAAGUGUUUCCAUUGUUCAAAGAAUGGGGUGCUACAGGACUUCUUGUUGAGUACGAGGACACCUUCCCAUAUACAGGGGAACUUGAUGUACUCCAAAAGGGUGAUGAGUUUUACAAUUCUGCAGACGUUGCCACUCUCCAACAGGCUGCUAAGAGUCUUGAUUUGGAAUAUAUCCCUCUCAUCCAAACGUUUGGUCAUAUGGAGUUUGUAUUAAAGCAUUCAAGGUUCACUCAUCUUAGAGAACACCCAGAGGAUAGGAGGAGUCUAUGUCCAUCUCAUCCUGAUUCGAUAGUUUUGGUACGGUCCAUGAUUGAUCAAGUUAUGGCACAGCACCCUAACCUGAAAUACUUCCACAUAGGAUCAGAUGAGGUAUGGAUGAAGAAACGUUGUGACAAGUGUUGUGGGCGGAUCAGACAUAGUUUCCUUGGAGAGCCUGUCAGUUUAUUCUUGAUUCACGUCAAGGCCGUGCUCCUAUACCUCAAGGAAAAGUACCCCAACGUCAGACCAAUCAUGUGGGACGACAUGUUGAGAAAUGCCAAGUAUGACUUGCUCAAAGAUUCCAAGUUGGAUGAGCUUGUUGACAUCAUGGUAUGGAACUACUUGGAUACGUCAGAGAGCUUUCACAACAAUACUCCUGGCCAGGUGUGGCGACUCUAUGAAAAAGUCUUCAAGAAUGUCUGGAUUGCUUCGGCUUUCAAAGGUGCUUUUGGACCAACCCUGUUCCUAACACCAGAGUUAGAACACAUACGAAACCAGGAGCUAUGGGCGGGACACCUGUCAAGCACCAUGCCAAAGAGCCUCAACUUCAAAGGAAUAGUAUUCACUGGUUGGCAGAGGUACACCCAUGAAACAGUUCUGUGUGAGCUCUUGCCAGUUGGCUUGCCCUCGCUUGCAUUCUGUUUACAAACUUUUAUUCAAGGUCAUUUUAGUGAGGAGUUACACCAGAGUAUAUCUCAAAGGCUAGGUUUCCCUCAGCUUCUGGACUUGGAAAUAGAAACAAACCUACCGUUAUCAGAGAUGCCUGUGGGUGUUCCAAUGGGUACUUAUCCUGGUAGUGGGGUGUAUAUGUGUGCCAGGCAGCUUGCUACCAUCCAAUCAUCAAAGGAGGGACAAAAACUUUUUAGGCUUGCUAGUCAAAGUGCCUUAUUGAAGAAAGAAGGAGAAGCAUCAUCAUCAUCAGAGAAACCUUGUUCACCUCUUGCUCCCCUCUCUGAUGAUGAAAUGGGACCGGUCUUAAGCCUCCUUGCCAAGCUGACAGCCCUGAGGUCAACGGCAGAUCAAGCACUCGGCGAAGUCUACCAUCCACCCACAUCCAAGGAAUGGCUGGAUCUGUGUCUCAUGCCCCUCAUGAAACACCUAGAAAGGAGACUAGCAGCAACCAAGGCAUUGGAUCACUGACAACUAACUCCUGGGUGAUGGAGUCUAGGUAUCAAGCAAUAGCUCUACACCAAAGGUUGUGUGUGAGUGAACACCAGGGACCGUGCUGUCCUAGGUGUGCUUCUGGAGGCUUUUGAUAUCAGCAAGAAGGUUUCAUCGAUGAUUGUGAUCCUGAA